AUGGAAAGGAUCUUUAGGUUCCUUAGAUGCAACGACGCUGAGCGCCUUAUGUGCAUGACUUACCAGCUGAAAGGAUCUGCAGAUUUUUGGUGGGAGGCCAAACAGAAGACUUUGACCCCAGAGCAAAUAGAUGAGCUUACGUGGGAGCAUUUCAAAACAGCUCUUUGCGAGAAAUAUAUACCGCGUAGCUAUUGCAGAAGGAAAGAAAUGGAGUUUGCAAGUUUGAAGCAAGGAAAUAAAACGGUAGCUGAAUAUGACCGUUGUUUCUGUGACUUGGCUCGAUAUGCACCAUAUCGAGUGGAUACGGAUGAGAAGAUGUCCGAGUUGUUUUGUGCCGGGUUAAAGCAAGAAUUUCGAGUUGUCUUAGCAAGUCAGAGUGCACUCACGUAUGCCGAAGCACUAAACAGAGCACUGGACAUGGAGCUGGCAAUGCAGCCCGAGAAGACGAGUCAACCCUCUGCUCCCCAAUCAAACCCGAAUGUUCAAUCGGGGAGUCAAUCCUUUUAUGGACAAGGUCCGAAGGGAAAAAAGGAAGUGGGACGAGAGAAACCAAGGUCCCGAGAAGCCGUGGCAAGGACAGAAUGCGCCACCUUUUUCUCAAGGCAAGGAUAA